CCAAGAUCAAUAUCACAAGCCACACAAAGCACAAGCACAAGCACAAGCACAAUCAAACUAUACCGUAUUUCUACUUCCAACAAAAGACAGCCCAAUAUGCCUCUCACAAGAACUCACCGCCAGACCACCCCCCGCCGCUCCAUCUUUAGCACCCGCCGUCGUGCUCCGGCUCGCUCCCACCACACUGUUACAACCACUACAACCACCACCAGAAAGCCUCGUCGCGGCUUCCUGGGCGGUGGUCGCCGUACCCAUGCUGCCCCCGUUCAUCAUCAGCAGCGCAGACCUUCCAUGAAGGACAAGGUCAGCGGAGCCCUUCUCAGGCUCAAGGGUAGCCUCACUCGCCGACCUGGUGUCAAGGCCGCUGGAACUCGACGCAUGCAUGGCACCGAUGGCCGUGGCUCUCAUCGCCGUGCCCGUCACUUCUAAACCCCCAAGAACGAGAAUCAGUAGAUGCUGGGCAUCUCAAGAGCAGGACGUGUCCAUGACACGCAUGUACCAUUAUGAUAAACGAUACCCUCAGUCAUGUUGAGAGAAGAACUGUAUUAUUAUGCCGCAUAUCAAGCAGCCUAAAUCUUUUGAACUUUCAGUCGCCAGCGACUUAUCUGUUACAACUUGCAGUCAAUCGAGACUACCAUACCAUAAUUCCUAGCACUCGUGUCUUUCCCAUC